UUGCCGCUGUCCAAAUCUGAUAUGUUGGCUUUGGUUCUGUCGCUGUGCUUUCUGGGAUCUGCCUGGGGCCAUGCCAGACUGCAGGACCCUCCAGGCCGGUCUUCCAUGUGGAGGUUCGGUUUUGACAAUCCUCCAAACUAUAUCGAUCAUCAACUCUGGUGCGGAGGAAUACAAAAACUUUGGGGAAAGAACAAAGGCCAAUGCGGCAUCUGUGGAGAUGCUUGGGACCUUCCUGAACCAAGACCAAACGAGGAUGGGGGCAAAUACGGUAAUGGAAUCAUUGUGAGGACAUACAAAUCUGGACAAGAAAUCACAGCCAAGAUUAAUGUCGUUGCCAACCACUUUGGAUUCUUCGAAUUCAAGCUCUGUCCAGUGAAGGCCGGAGUGAAGGCAGACCAGGCUUGCCUGGAUCAGCACCCCAUCGCCUUAGCUGAUGGAUCUGGAUACCGUUUCGAUUUGGGUAGCAGGAGGGGGAUUGUGGAAGUAAACUUGAGGUUGCCCCAGGGCCUCAAGUGUGAGAGAUGCGUCUUCCAAUGGCACUGGAAAGCAGCCAACAACUGGGGUGUUUGCGAAGACGGCACAGGAAAAUUAGGCUGCGGACCUCAAGAAUACUUCAGAGGGUGCGCAGAUGUCAAGAUCGAAUAGAAUAGUUCUAGUGCCAAUUCAUUAAGAAAGAACUACUUCUAAUGAAACACUAUUCAACAAAAGGACAAUGCAUUUCUCAAUCUACACAACAGGUUAAGUAUUCCGAAAGGUUGUUUUUCGUUGUGUAUUUCCUUUCCAAUUGCACACAAUGAAGAAAAGUGAAUAUUUACAGUUACCAACUCCUUGUAAAUAAAUUUUAAAGAGACUUUUGUGAAUAAAAUUUUGA